GAUUCCCUUAGUUUUACUGUCUUUCCCCCAACAUAGCGGGGCACUUAAUUGCCUUUCGUCGUCUUUUGUUAAUUAGUAUUCUGCACUCACUCUUUGAACACUUUUGCUCUUCAUGCGCCAUAAACUUCCAGUCUUCUUUCAAGUGAAAAUCUGUUGUGCUACAGUGUCAACUAUCGGUCGGAUAGUUGUUCUGUAAAACAGUCGCUCUUCACUCUCUGCUUUGCUUUAUAAGGGGAUAUCAGGAGCGCCGGGGUGAUGGAUGUUGGUUGGAGAGGAUUCUGCAUUUUUGUACUCACAACGCUUGUUUUUGAAGAAGUUACAGCACUCAUGAUCAGGAAUGAAGAGGUGAGGAAGUGUGUAGAAGCAAAUGAAGGUCAAGUCAGCAGCAGGUUAACCCUGCAAGAGUGCAGGGCAGAUUCAGCUCUGCAAGAGUGGCACUGGAACCCAAAGACACGCUCUCUCAGCAGCCCGCAGACAGGAGGGUGUAUAACUGCACCCCAGAUCCAGGAGCAUGAGAAUGUUUGGCUGCAAGCUUGCCGCUCUGAGGAGGAGGAUCGUGAAGGCCAGACCUGGAGCUGCUCUAAAAAGGGUCUCCUGACAUUACACAGCAAGGGUCUGCACCUGAGCGCACGUCACGAUUCCUCCAAGAUCUUCCUUUCCAAAGACCGUGGGAAAGGCAGCAAGUGGAGGACAAUGGCUAAUCAAACGGUAUGCGAGGAUACAGACAGCAAACAUCACGGCCAGAAUGUGUUGCAGCAGACAAUUUCAACUGGACCCCGAAUCCACACUCAAAUUCGAUAUUGGCAUUCUGGGAGUAUUGGCCAGACCUCACAAAUAAAGUCAACUGAAGCGUCACAGACUGCAGAGGCAUCGGCUGAACCUAAAAGUAGCGUAGAGCCUGGGGGACCUUCUGUUAAUGUUUUUACAACAGACUAUGGAACAGGCUGGAAAAUAGCAAUGUUGCUUCUAAGCAGUUUGGCCCUGUUACUUGGGCUUGUGAUCCUCACUGUUAACAUUUACCAGAACAGGAGGAAGAAGACUGUGGUGGUGCUGAAAUCCUACACUCCGACAGGAGAGGUCAGUCAGCCAGGGUCUCCGGUGCCUAGUGAGAGAGCCCCUCUAACCCGACACCCUAUGAAACCUGCUCAGUCCCCCUCCAUCCAGCGAGGUGAGAUCCUUGUUGAGUGGAAAGAUGGAACAGUCACGCCACUGUUUGAAACGUAUCUAACCGACUAAACAGCAUUAUGUUUAGAAGAAAUAAAUGCGAGAGUGGCCUGUGUAUCAUUCCUAAGAAAACUGACAGAACUGAAUUGGCUUUAUUAACUUAUUACAUGGAAUGCUUAAUUCUGAUUCUUGAUGCUUUUUUCUUGAUACUGACAGAUGUCCAGGGAAUCACUGCUAAUUGCAUGCUCAUACCCAAUUUCCAUGUAGUUAUUUAUUUGUUGUGGAUAAGUUAUUGCAAGAAAUUAUCACAACUUUAACACCAAGGGGCCAGUUGCAUAGCCUUGUGUUAAGACAAUGUCUUAACUUAUAAGACCCACUAGCAGUUAGUCAGGAGUCAAAUUAGACUAAUCUACAUUUUUAUGUAACUGACUAAGAAAAGGUAGUAAUGGUGAUAAAGCAAAAAAAAAAAAAAAAAAAAAAAAUGAUGACUAGCUUGUAAAACGUCUUUUUAUGCACGUCUUCUCACAUGAAAUAAUUCAAAAUCAAAUCAAUAUUUCAUGUCCCUUUUUUAAAAGAAAAAUUACGAUUCAUUUUGCUAUAAUGACUAUACGUUAUCCCUUUCUUAUCCAACAUCUUGAAAACAAUCACAUCUGUUGGGUGUACUGUGCUCUUGCUAGCAGAAUGCCAUCCUCUGUUGAAUUUUGAAAAACUGAGGUUGGGUUCUGAUCAAAGACAAAAGUCUGUACCUUGCCAAAAAGAUAUAAGGUAUACCUUCAGGUCAAAUACAGAUCAAACUUAAAAGGUAUUCUUUGUUAACAGUGAAUGGUUAUAUAAGAUGUAUUAUGUAUAUGUGCAUAUAAAAUAGGAAUGCUCUUCCUUAGAAAACAAUAAUAACAUUCAAAACAUCUUUCUAAAAUACUGAUUUGGCAUUGAAGAAAGCCUGAUUGUUUUUAUAUCAAGUGAUGUUUUUAGCUGUAAUGUGGAUUCUUUUGAAUUGCAUAAGCCUAACUGAAGAAAGUUGUUUUUGUGAUUAGGAAUUAAUGUAAAAUAUACGAAAACCAACAUUUGUAUUUAAUAUUAAUACAUAAUGUAAUAGUUACAUUUAACACUUCCAAUAAAGUACUGUUGACUGACA